UGAUAUUUCUAGAAACAUGAUUCAGUGUUUUUCUUAUUAUUUAAAAAGUUACAAAAAAAAAAUGAUUAUGAACUCCUUAAUAUGUUUGUAGUUACCAACAGUGCGCAGUGAUAUACGAUUCGCCGUCAUGUGAUGAUUAUGUUCGUACAGAAGAUAUCGAGAACGAAUCAGUCAUACUUUAGACUUUCCUAUCAAAACACGAAUCGAAUCCCAAUUGUGAAAGUGACCUUGACAGUGUGUUCGAGUGUAUUCAGUACUUAACAUGAUGACUGAAGAGAAGACACCCUUGCUUACCCAGCCAGAUGAUCCAGAGGCAGUCUACGUCAAUGUGACCACGACAGGGGGACAGCCCGAUCCCAACCAUGACCAUAGCACUACCUCUCAUAUCGUCAAGGACACAAGAUUUGCACAGAGUUCUGGCAGUUCUGGUUCAGGAGUCAGACAAAACCUACUGUACGAGCCAUAUGAUGGACCCCUUAUGACGGGAAAUCGUUACCAUCGUCAAAGUUCCAGUGCAGCUGAUAUUGCACAGCCACUCUCAUUAUCGUGGAAAGAUGUCAACGUGUAUGCCAUGCCAAAGGACAGGGGAUGUUGUCGAGGUCCUCCCAAAGGGGCAGAACCUAGACACCUUCUCCGCAAUGUAUCUGGAAUAGUGAAACCUGGAACAUUGCUGGCUAUCUUAGGAGCCAGUGGUGCUGGGAAGUCUACACUGAUGAACGUAUUGACCUGCAGGAACCAAACAAAGAAUUUAGUCGUACAAGGCGAUGUCCGCCUCAAUGGUGUUGAGGUCGGCAAAAGUAUUCGCAACAUGUCUGCAUAUCUUCAGCAAGAUGAUCUCUUUAUAGGAACUCUCACCGUCAGGGAACAUCUAAUAUUCAGGGCUUUACUAAGAAUGGACAAGAGAAUUGGUAAAAAGGAACGUCUACAAAAGGUCGAGGAGGUCAUAAGAGAGCUUGGUCUAUCCAAAUGUGCCGACACUGUGAUUGGGACACCCGGUCGAGUGAAGGGAAUAUCGGGAGGAGAAAGGAAACGGCUGGCCUUUGCCUCCGAGGUGCUGUCAAAUCCCCCGCUGAUCUUCUGUGACGAGCCUACGUCCGGUCUUGAUUCCUAUAUGGCCAAAAACAUUGUACAGACCCUAAAGUUGCUGGUGUCCAAGGGGCGUACCAUCAUCACCACUCUCCAUCAACCCUCCUCGGAGGUGUUUGAAAUGUUUGACCAGUUACUGUUGCUGACAGAAGGAAGAGUCGCCUACUUUGGACCUGCCAAUGAAGCACUGGAAUUCUUCAGCAAUGAAAAUUUCCAGUGCCCUCCAAACUACAAUCCGGCCGAUUACUUCAUCAUGACUCUGGCUAUUCUCCCGGACAGUGUGGAAAACUGCAAACGCAGAGUGGAGUCCAUUUGUAACUCUUUUGAGAAAACCAGCACCUGUAAGGGUAUGAUGGAUGAAAUUGGAGAAAUCUCCAGCUCCUCGUCAAACGGAUACAACCUCAGUUCUGAUUUCGACUCUUCAAGAUAUGGUGCCAGCUGGUUUGCUCAAUUCAUCAACGUGCUAUGGAGGAGUUGGGUGACCAACGUCCGAGAUCCAAUAGUGUUUAAGGCCAAGAUAUUCCAGACCAUUGUAAUCUCCGUGUUAUUUGGACUGAUCUACCUGAAGACAAAUGAUGAGUACAAUCAGAAUGACGUCCAGAACAUCAAUGGUCUCCUCUUCCUCCUCCUCAUCCAGAUGACCAUGCAGAACCUCUUUGCUGUUAUCAAUCUGUUCCCGCUAGAACUGCCUAUAUUUUUGAGGGAAUAUGGAUCUGGUUUGUACGGUGUGGAUGUAUACUUUCUCUCCAAAAACAUCGCUGAGUUGCCAGCUUUUACCAUUUUCCCAUUCGUCUUCUGUACAAUCCUGUACUGGAUGACCGGUCUCUACCAAGCAGUAGACAACUACCUCAUCCUGUGUGCAGUCAUCGUAUUUUCGGCUAACAUUGCAGGCUCGUUCGGUUACAUGGUGUCGACAGCCUUCGCUAGUGUAAAUGUAGCCCUUGCGGUGGCCCCAGCUGUCAUCACACCUCUGCUGCUCUUCGGUGGAUUCUUCCUCAACAACAACACUAUACCAGACUGGUUGCUGUGGGUCAAAUAUCUGUCCUGGUUCCAAUUCUCCAACGAACUAAUCUCUGUGAACCAAUGGAAGAACGUUGACCACAUAUACUGUACUAAUGUAACAGAAUAUCCGGCACCAGAAGGCUCGCCUGUGUGUGAAACAGGGGCAGCUAUCCUAGAGGGUUUCAACUUCAAGGAGGACAACCAGUUUCUGGACCUCAUGGUGAUGGCUGCACUUUUUGUGGGAUUCCGGCUGUUGUCCUUCAUUCUACUGGUUAUCAGAGCCAAACGGUCCAAAGCUUGAAAUCAGGGACAGAUACUUUGUAAGAUCAGAUACAGAUGUGUCCGUAUAAAAUAUAUACUGAGGUCAGGACUCCAGGGUUCAAAAAAACAAGUUAGCCUUAAGGUAAUGCCGUAUUUGUUGAAUGUUUCAAAUGUGGGGUAUAUACAUCCCUAGACAGUGAUUGCUUUAAUUUCAUAAUGGAAUAUAUAAGACAAAUUUGUAAAAAGAAAAAAAUAUUAAAUUCAUUUUUUUUUCAAAUUUUAAUGUAAAAGGGGGUAAACAGGGUUGAUGUGACCUCAUGAUAAAGGGAGUCAUUGAAUUAAAAUAUUCUUUUGUCAAAAUAUUGUUACUGUUAUAAAAUAUUUGUUUUAAAAUAUGUCAUUUUCUACAGAAGCAUUCCUUCUACAGCACUUGUAUAUAUAAAUGUUGAGAUGCACUUAGACAGAUACAUCAACAUUUAAAAUCUGAACUUGACUCUGUAAGGUUUUUUUUCAUGAUCCUGCAGGGACAUGGUUUUUUAACCCUUUCACUCCUUUGUAACUUUAGUAGACCCUGCCAUACAUUGAUCUGGAUGAGUCCAUUAUGGUCUAAAGUGGUGAAAGGGCUAGAUCCUGGCUCUUACUCUGAACGUUAAAUAAGAUUAGAAAAAAGGUCACCCAAGGUCAAUUGAUAUUGUUGUAAUGUAAGUCAAAUGGCAUGCUCAGCAGUGGUGAAGGAAAUUGAAGGUUGUGUAAAUAUUUGUAUUAAAUUAAACAACAUGUAGCUACAUCAUAUCUGAUUUCACAUCUUAAUUUAUGAUAUUCCUUAUGAAAUGUUUUGGAAAUACCAGGUAGUUAUAUACCUUUUGGGAUGAAGCACUGUGUUCUCAUUAAAUUUUAAAAUGUGUGGCUCAUUCGACAGAACAGCCAGUGGAAUGGUCACACCUUAUAAUGUUAAUUAACCUAAAUUUGUAUAAAUAUGUAUUUUAAACAAUAUAUAGCCAGUUCAGAUUUGGAUGAAUAGAAGCCUUAUUAUAGAUAUAAUUACUUUUGCCGUCAACUGGCUUUUUAUGAGGACACUGAUUUAGAAAUAUGUUUUAGUAAAAUGGUUGAUACAGAAAUAUAUAUCAAAGGAAAAAUUAAGCAUGACAUAGUAAGUCCAGUGAUUCCAUAAGCAAGGAUAUCAUGUAUCGUUCUGAUCAACAGUUUGGUGUAAGUGAUAUUGAUUUUACUGUGAUAAAACCAUUGAGUUAUUAGAGUUUUAUAAUCAUCUUUUUAUCGUCCAUUAUUAUAUAAGUUUUCGUAGAUACAUGUAAAAUAUAUUUGGUGUGGUAAAUUUUUAUGUAAGUUUGUGUUGAACAUUGGCAACGAAUUCGGGAUCACAUGUGAAAUCUGAAUUAAAACUCAUACUAAAAUAAAUAUAAAGAAGGUUUGUUCGGGAAAUUGAGUGUAAACAAAAUAUAUACUGUCAACAGUGCAACGAAGUUCAAUAUACACCAUCAUAGUUUUUUUUAUUAUCUUUUGGAUUGAAAGUGAGGAAAUGUGUUGAAUUUUUUGUAGGGCUGCAACGAUAUAUCGUGAAAAAAUAUGUCAUGAUAUUUUGAAUAUGGUACAAUACACAAUAUUUUUUCGAAGAUUACGAUACACAUACAAUAUUUAUGUCCAGGAUUUUGUCGUUUCUGAAUUUAGUCUACUCAUAUCGGUUCCAACAUGCAUGGUGAGUGACAGCUCCAGCGCGGCAUGCACGUCGAAAGACGUGAAUUUUGUGAAACUUUAAAGUCAUGCCCAUUUUCGAUCAACUCCAGUUGUGAUAUUGCCGUUAAAAAUUUGCAACAUAUCUUCUGUCUUUGCUUCAACUGUAACUAUAUGUAUUGUGAUACUUAUCGUAUUGUGACCACAGUAUCGUGAUACUUAUCGUAUCAUGACCACAGUAU